AUGCCGCCCAAGAGAAAGCGCGCUGAGGAGGAGCAGGAUGCUGUCGAGGGCCAUUCCACCGAUUCGACGUCUGGAGACAUCUUUUCGACUUCCUGUCACACCCUUUCGACUCCCCAUGAAGACGUUCCAACUCCCCAUGAAGACGAUCCAACUCCCCAUGAAGACGUUCCAGCUCCCCAUGAAGACGUUCCAACUCCCCAUAGUAUCCUUUCGGCUGGUCACACAAAUUCAGUCGCCGACAUCCUCUCGACUGAUGGUGCCCUCUCGACUCCUCUGAAUACCACUUUCAGCCUUCGCAAGCUCCCCAUCGAACUUCGCUUCCUCGUCUACCACCAUACCUGGGAGCCUCGUGAGGUGACCAUCCGUAAGCCAGGUUUCAAGAACAACUUACCCGCGACGCUAUUCGUCGACAAGGAAAGUCGUCAUGAGACCUUGAGACAUUACCAUCUGUAUAUUACCAAGUACAUUUCCCAAGUGGGACGCAUGUAUGGCUAUAUCAAUCCCAAUCUGGACACACUCCAUGUCCGCAUGCCUCGGACCUUUCCGCCUAUGCGUCACCCUCUUGAGAUAUGUAUCCCAACCUUGUUGGAGAUUGGAAAGCCGGUCCUGAGUGUUUGCCUGAAUCCGGGCACAAUGGACGAAUUGCCGGCCAAGAAAUGGCUUUUUGAGAGAUCGGGGCUCAGGGGUAUCAUUGCGGAGGUGGAUAUUGCUGCAACUCGUCCACCUCGUGGUCCUAGGUACGCUACGAUAUAA